AUGGGUGAUACGAAAUUGAAGUUACAUAUAAUUUUUGUUGUUUUGUGUAUAUUUUUAAGAGGAAUUCGUGCUGUAGAUGAUUCGUUGUUAUUCACCGUGACGCGAGCACCGCGGUUCUUCGGAAUUUUACAAGAUCAUCGCGGUCAGCCUCUCUCUGUAGAAGUGUCUGAGGAGUACAUGGACCAGGAUUACAUAGCUACGAACAGAAAACGACACAAAAUCAAUUGGAAUCAAAAUCCUUUGGACAUGGAUGAUUUCGAUGAUGAUGAUACGGAAGAAAUAAUUGAUGAGAAGGACAAAGAUGUGAAAGUACCUAACAAAUACAACCUACAAGCUGGCCCUGUUUAA